ACUCUUUGAUUGUUUUAAAAUUGCGUUGCGUUUUUCGUUUCGUGUUUUUUCAAUAAUCUCGCCUUUCACUUUUCGAAUUACUUAAAUCUUGUAUUUACCGUGAUUUCAGUCCUGUAAAUAAUUUGGUUACCUAUUCAUAUAUUUAGGUACUCUUUGACUUCUUAAUACAAAGUAAAAUGAAGCGGUAGGUAGGCAUCCUCAGCCCCAGCCCUGACUCUUGACACCCAAUACACUUAAAAAUAAAUAAAAGGAUCGCCCACAAUGGCUUAUUGACCAGUGUUUCACAUUAUAAUGGGGUUAGACUUCGAUGUUUUGGAAUUUUGUAAGAAGCUACGUCAAAAUAGACCACCACCGUAUCAGUGCCCGUUAGACAAAUGUGAUAAAGUUUACAAAAGCUUGUGCGGUUUGCAGUACCAUUUGGUUAAUUAUGACCAUGAUAAUCCGACGCCGGCUACGCCUGCGGUUGCGAACAAUCGCAAGAAAGGCAGACUUAGGGCGGCGGUGCCGACUGGGGAUAUUGCGCUUCAAAGUCCUCCGAAAGAAGCCUUGACUUUCGCAGAAGCUCAGAAAGUUGUGCAGUUCGAAAUCGAUGGCAAAAUAAGUAGAAUUCCUAUUGACCAGCCAGUGCCAAUUAUUUCUUUAGAGGAGUGGGAGAGAAAGAAUGCUGAAUUGGAAAAGCCUUUACCUUUCAUAGAACCUCAACCUGAACCUCAUGUCAAAUUGCCUGAAGCCACAUUCCGACUUAUUGAAGAUUACAAUGAAAGAGUGUGUGAUGCCCCACCCCGGCCGAAUGCUUACAUCCGUUUCAUCGAGAAGUCCGCUGAAGAGCUUGACGGAGAGGUGGAAUAUGAUGUUGAUGAGGAGGACACAGCAUGGCUGGCUAUAAUUAACAAAAAUAGAGCAAAACAGACCUUGCCACCAGUUUCUGUUGACACUUUAGAACUAUUGAUGGAUAGAUUGGAAAAGGAGUCGUAUUUUCAAGCAACUCAAAACGGUCAGCAGACAGCAUCAACGGUAGAUGAGGAUGCAGUGUGCUGUAUUUGCAUGGAUGGAGAAUGUCAGAAUACCAAUGUGAUCCUUUUCUGUGACAUGUGUAACCUAGCUGUUCAUCAAGACUGUUAUGGGGUGCCCUAUAUACCAGAAGGCCAAUGGCUGUGCAGGCGAUGUUUACAGUCACCCUCUCGUCUCGUAAACUGUGUCCUAUGCCCCAACACUGGAGGGGCAUUCAAACAGACAGACCAAGGGACAUGGGCGCACGUAGUUUGCGCUCUUUGGAUACCAGAAGUCCGAUUUGCUAACACAGUCUUUUUGGAACCGAUAGAUUCGAUAGAGAUGAUCCCAGCGGCGCGCUGGAAGCUGCAGUGCAUGGUGUGCAAGCAGCGAGGCGCGGGCGCCUGCAUCCAGUGCCACCGCAGCAACUGCUACUCCGCUUUCCACGUCACUUGCGCGCAGCAGGCUGGUCUGUACAUGAAAAUGGAAGCGGCUGGGUCGGGGCGGGACCCCAGUCAGCCAGUGCAGGUCGCCAAAAUGGCUUACUGCGACGCACACACUCCUGCGCAUAUCUUGCAGGAACGAAGAGCGUUGGAAUCUGAAGGUGAUACCAAACCUUCUGAUUUGUCAGCGAUAAGGCAAAAAGGUAGAGAAAAAAUAAAACAGGCGCGUCGAGUACUAGCGUUGAAGAGAACUUGGGCACCUGUAGUGCUAGUGCCGACGUUACCAGCUGAGCGGGUUGCGGAAAUCGCUCAGCUCGCUCACGGCCCCCCCGCGGCACGAGCGCAGCUCAUGAAGCGCUUGCUCGCUUACUGGACGCUUAAGCGACACAGCAGGAAUGGCGUUCCUCUAUUGCGGAGACUGCAAAGUCUUACUAGUCACCAUGGUAGCAGAGGUAUCCAAGACGGCACGGUUAACAUACGGGAGCUAUGUAAUCAACUUAAGUACUGGCAGAGAAUACGACAGGACUUGGAAAGAGCUAGGUUGCUAUGCGAGUUGGUACGCAAGAGAGAGCGGCUGAAGGCGGAGUACACGCGCGUGUGGGAGCGCUGCGUGCUGCACUCGCUGCGGCCCGAGCGCGCCGCGCUGCACAAGCUGCUGCGGCUGCUGCGACACGCUGACCAGAGCGACGUCUUCACGGAACCCGUGGAUCCACUUGAGGUGCCGGACUACAGCACCAUCGUGAAACACCCCAUGGACCUCAGUACGAUGGGGAAGAAGUUGGAUAGAGGCGUGUACAAAACAAUAGACGACGUGGAAGCAGACUUUCAACUCAUGAUCGACAACUGUCUCACUUACAAUAAUAAGGACACUGUGUUUUACAAGGCGGGUAUAAAGAUGCGGGACCAGUGCGCACCAAUAUUCCGACAAGCGCGUCGCGACGUGAUCGAGGCGGGCAUGCGAGACGUGGCGGGGCAGGGCGAGGCGGACGAGGCAGAGCGGCCUCGCCAGCGCGAGCCCAGCACGAGGCGCCGCCGCAGCGUGCGGCGCUCGAGCAGCGACAGCGACCGGACUGCGGAUUUACGUAGCGAGCGCGGCGUGUCGUUGGCUCGCAGUGAACGACGUCACACCAGUCUACGUAGAGAUCUGCAUACGGACGAUGAUAACAAUACGCGUGACAAUUCCCCGGUGGUAUCGAAAAGCAAAGUGAACAGAAACUGGUGGCGAGGUCGCGGCCGCGGGCGUGGCCGGAGAGGGCGGAGGGGCCGGGGCCGCGCGGCGCACUCCGCGUCCAGGCUGCCGCGGGAACCCAGGGAAAUCGACACACCCACAACAGAUUCGGAAGCACCCAUAACAACAAGGAAAAGUGUCGAGCGCACCCAGAAACUGGUCACACCGGAUAGAUCACCUUCCAAACAAUCAGAGUCUACAGGAUUGGGACUUUUGGGUGGUCUCCGGAAACCAACUUUGUUGGUAAGCCCUUCAACAUUGGCAACACCAUCAAAAAGCUUCGGGGCUGAUGCGACAUUGCCCACGCUGUCAGCCAGCCUGGGCCGAAGUCCCGCGCCGCUGGAGGCGUCGCCGCGGAAGAAAGGCCGCGGCAGACCGCGUAAGAACAAGGACAAAUCCGCCUCGUCGCCUGAUCUGUUCAGGGGUAUGGGUGGCGCUGAAGGAGCAGCGGAAGGCGGAAGGGCGGAGGUGCCGGGAGGCGCUUCCUUCUUGCAGUACAGAGGACCGCCUGGAGAAGUGGGAUCUGAUAGCGAUUUAGCGCUUUCCAGGUCGUCCAGCAGUAGCUCUGUGUGGUCGCAGUCUUGUUCGUCGUGCACCCACUACGACGAAGACAACGCGUCCGAACACUCAUGCUCACUAAGCUCUAGUGAUGGAUCAAGUUAUAACGAAACAAUGGACUCGACGGUAGAGGGCGGCAGUGGCCCGGAGCCGCGCAGACGCGGGCGACGCACCACUAGAGCUGACGCAUCCGAUGCUGAACCUCCUACUACCCCUGUCAAGGGUCGCGGUACACGAUCGUCCACGUCUAAAACGCCGGUAAAAUCCACGCAGCCGGAUAUUCAACUGGAACCAUUGCAGCUUGUAUGGGCUAAAUGCAGAGGAUAUCCCUGGUACCCAGCCCUAAUCAUCGACCCGAAGAUGCCAAAAGGCUACAUUUACAACGGCGUACCUUUGCCUGUACCACCACAAGACGUUCUAAAUCUCAAGAAAAACUUCUCUCAUGAACCUGUUCUUUACCUGGUGCUAUUUUUCGACGUAAAACGCACCUGGCAAUGGCUGCCACCAAAUAAGCUAGAAGCUUUGGGUUUAGAUAAAUCUGUGGAUCAAGCAAAGAUGGUUGAGUCUAGGAAACCCACUGAUAGGAAGGCAGUCAAGAAGGCCUAUGGUGACGCAAUGCAGUUUAGGAAGCAAGUGGAUGGGGACAAAUGACACAGGUUUAGAUAUCGGUCUAGAAGACCGGCUAGGAAUAGAGUGUUUAGCUUUGGAACAUUCUCGAUGAUGCACAUUCGUACCCCAGAAACUACAGAUUCUAGUGAUUAAAGAUUUUAUCUCUAUAAAUUAACUUAAAACAUGUGAGCCGCUAAAAAUAAAUGACCUUUUAAAGGAUUGAAACUCCAUUUUAUAAUAAUACCCUUAGAAAGUAAAAUCUUUAUACAUAAUUUUUUUUAAUAAUUAGAUACUAAAUUGUGAACAUUAAAUGUUACAUGAAAUAAUAUUCGGCGUAAAGUAUUGUAAUCUCAAUUUGUAUUGUCUAAUUAAUGGUAAAGUAUGAUAAUGUUUAAGAGGUGAAUUGGUAUCUUCUAGGAUUUGUGGUUUGCUUCGAGUAUGAUAAAAACCGUUUAGAGUAAGAAAAGUAAUGUAUAAAAACAACAGCUAUGUUAGGAUUUUUUUUAUUUAUUUUAUCUAUAGAAGUAAUGACCUCUGUUUUGUUUAUUUAUUAAAAAUAAGAAUUGAUAGAAUAUACAAGAAAUUUUAAACCAGACUAAAUUAUAAUUUGUAAUCGUGAGUUUGCACUGAUGUAACAUUUUACAUAAAAACAUGUUGAAAAUUAUUUCUGGCAAUGUACUGAACUGUAUUUGCAUUGUCCUGUAAUUUAUUAAAUAAAAUUUUUUAGGACCUUUCAAUUAAAUCUUGAAAUCUGUCAGAGAAUUUGCCCGAUUUUCUGCAAUAUGAAUGGAAAUUCAACAAAAAAACCUAUGGGAUAUGGCAUGUACGAUAACCUGCCAAACAUGUUGAAUGGUUUUUGGUGUAAACUCAGUGUAAGUUUCCCUUUCCACAGCUGCAACUGUUAUAUUGUUACUAUUUUUAAGUGUUAACUACUUUGUGUUGUUUGUGUAAUUAAAAACUUCAAAAAUA